AAACUUUUAGUACAAAUCGAAAGCUAAGUGGAGUAACAUCAUACAAAUGAUUGUUAAGAAUAUAUAGGUAAUAAAACUAUAUUCAAUUUGAGUGCUGUGGAAUAAUAAAACAUAAUAUCUCACGAAGAACAAGAGACUGCCUAAAAUGGGUAGAAUUUCUGGUUGUUUACUAUGCACGUUGGUGCUGAUCGCGAGCGCUAUCAACUACAGCAACACCGCUCCAGCUCCCGCUCAUGAGGGCAUGUUUAAAUUCGAAACUGAAAUUGAAAGAACCAUGUUUGAAUUCUUCGUAAAUCUCUUCAAAUACUUGCACGCUUCUUUGGAUAAGAGUAGAGAGUUGCUAGAGCAAGUGUUGAAAGAUGAAGUUAUUGUGCAGAAGAACGAUUUGGAAAAGAGUAAAGAAUUGCUAAUGGAUUACAUAGUGGAGGCUAAAGAGCGCGUUAAGCCACUACCAGCCGAUAUUUCCACAGUGGAUGGUUUCCUGUAUAUUGUCACACAGAUACACACGCUCAACACCUUCGAAGACAUUGUGCAACGCUACAAUACCACCAGUUUGCCGAAACCCACCGAUGAGGAUAUACUCAUUGAGGCGGCGCUGAAGCGCAAUGGCUUGGACGCCUUGAUAAGUGAGCUGAAGAAUAAUAAAAUGGUCUUUUUCGACGAAUUCUUGCGCAAAAUGGGAAUUUAUGUGAAAAAUCUGUCGGAGGAGGAUAGAAUUAAGAAUAACAAAGUGGUGGAAUGGUACCAGAAAUAUACCGAUUCCACCGAUGAGCAGAAAGCCAACGAUGUCUUCACGCAUUUUGCGCAAAUGUUUGCGCGUUUUUGAAAAUUGAAAAAUGUGUGUUUCACAAAAAUUUCCACAAUUUGAAAUGAAGUAGAAAAUAGUUUGCGCCAUGAAAAAUAAUUAGUUUUUUGCCAAUCACCAAAGCGGUUAUAAUCAAUAAAUGAAUCAUAUUUGUAGAUAAGAA